UCGCAAUCCACGGACUGGCCUACCUGACCAGGGCAUACAAGAAACCAAGCAUGCCUUUCAUAUUCUCCAAACAAUCUCUAUUCUUUGGGCCUAUUCGCACGCGACGACGUGCCAAACUCUAUCGUUAGAUUCAGAGCCUGGUACCUGACAAGCGGUGACUGUAGAUCGACGUCACGCAGCAGAACUGGCAGGGAACGCCACCAAUCCUCAGCCGAUAGAUUCCCCACGUGCAAAUUUUGCCCUCCUCACAGGCUUCGAGACAUCAUGAAGUUUGGGCACGUCCUCAAGGAACGGCUUAAAAGCGAAGGCUUCCCACCAGAGUGGGUGGACUCAGCUAUCUCGUAUCAGCAGCUCAAGAAAUGCAUCCAUCGCUUGACAGACGAGCUCGCCCAGGUCGGUCUCGAUCCGGUCACGUUGGGCAAACUCCUCAAGCAUGUCGAGGACUAUAAUACAGCCGCCGUCGGCGAGGAAGAAGAACGUCCGUUUGAGUAUAUCCUUUCCGGGGAGCCGCCUCCAGGACCUCAGGACGGUGAUGGCACAGGCUCGGCAAAGAGGCCGCGGAAGCCAUUUCACCCGAAACUCCUAUUCAAAAUAAAUGAAGCCACGGGAGCGCUGCACAGUGCCAAACUGGAUAAAGAAACCAAGUCUAAACUCCACAUGCUUGCCGUUGAAACGGGUCUAUCAGAUCUUCGAGUUCUUGAAGAGCCGGAUUCCAAGUCGAUUACUUCAACUGACUCUGCGAAUACCACCAACGCCCCCAGCAACGUCCCUUGUGUCAAUGAAGGCAAUAAGCGACCAGGAUACCGCACAGUCGAAGUCCCUUUAACCUCAGACACGGAAUUCUUCGCAAAGCUCACCAGUGAACUCUCUGGUCUAGAGAAACUCCAAGAGAAGGAAGAAAAGAAACUACACGGACAGAUCGAAGAGCUCGGGAAGCAGAUUUCAAAACUCACCAACCCCGACCGACGGGCAAACAAGAAGCUGAUAGCCGUCUGGCGGCAAAUCUUCCAACUGUACAUCGAGAGUGGUAUCUUCUUCGGCACCACCGAGACCGACCAUACCGCUCACGAUGCGGAAAAGGCAGCCGCUAGAUUCCAGGCUUUUGUGGAUGCACUUGCGGAACAGGGCCUUGUAGCCAAAUUCAAGAAGCCAGAGAACACACAAGCUCUGAACAUGUUCAUUAAUAUCAACCGCGAGAUCCUUCAGGGGCUGCGUUUUGGAGAAAUUAAUCGAAUGGCCAUGAUGAAGAUAUUGAAGAAAUUCGAUAAGAAGACAGCGCUAGGAGUGAAGGCAACGGUUCCCAAGCAAAUCGAAUACCCUGAAUUCUCCGAGCAUCUAGCGAAAGCUGUGUGCGCAGAGGUGAACACGCAGAUUCUCAGCCAUGUCCCUCAGCUUGACGAAUACAACUGUCCCAUGUGCUUCGACAUCGAAUGGCGGCCAGUGAAACUCCGUUGUGGGCACGUUUUUUGCAUCAGGUGCUUGAUUGUAAUGCAAACCAACCAUCAGCAUCGAUGUCCACUAUGCAGGGAAAAGACUGUCAUAGACGCCAAUUCAGACAAUCUGGAUCUGGAAUUAGCUGACUUUCUGAAGAAAUGGUUCCCGGAUGAAGUCAAGGCGAAGCAGAAGUAUAACGAACUCAUGGCUGGCGUCGACCAAUACGGUGAGGUGUACAAAGACAAGUGCGCUAUUAUGUGAUCGUGCGGAGGCUGGUCUGUAUUUAUUGUGGCAAAUUCCGCGUCCGAAGUUUUCGAAUUUGGGGGAAGUUCUGGUAUGUGGUGAGCUCGGAUUGGGAUUUCGGGUCACGAUGCAAGAGGUCACGCAACCUCUUGUCUUUGUCCGCUCUUCGGAGAACAGCGCAUCCCCAGACUAAUGACAGGGCUUUGUACGCUGGUACGGAGGGACUUUUGUUGAUAUACCCAUAGCAAUUAUUCAUAGCCAGCAUCGAAG